GAAAGCCGGGAGGGCGAGCGAGAGAGCGAGCAGGCAGCAGGCGGGCGGGCGGACGGCACGGAGGGAGGGAGCGAGCAAGCGAGCAGUGAGUGAGCCAGCGAGGGCGGCCGCGUCCCUAGAACAGCCGAGAUUCUUCCCGUCCCUCUGACCCCCUCCCCGGAGCCCACAGCGCCUCCGGUCUCCAGUGGAGCGGACACGGCCCGGCCCGGCCAUGGCCUCGUUGCUGAAGGUGGAUCAGGAAGUGAAGCUCAAGGUUGAUUCUUUCAGGGAGCGGAUCACAAGUGAGGCAGAAGACUUGGUGGCAAAUUUUUUCCCAAAGAAGUUGUUAGAACUUGAUAGUUUUUUGAAGGAACCAAUCCUAAACAUCCAUGACCUAACUCAGAUCCACUCAGACAUGAAUCUCCCAGUCCCUGACCCCAUUCUUCUCACCAAUAGCCACGAUGGACUGGACGGUCCCACUUACAAGAAGCGAAGGUUGGAUGAGUGUGAAGAAGCCUUCCAAGGAACCAAGGUGUUUGUGAUGCCCAAUGGGAUGCUAAAAAGCAACCAGCAGCUAGUGGACAUUAUUGAGAAAGUGAAACCUGAGAUCCGGCUGCUGAUUGAGAAAUGCAAUACGGUCAAAAUGUGGGUACAGCUCCUGAUUCCCAGGAUAGAAGAUGGGAACAACUUCGGGGUCUCCAUUCAGGAGGAGACAGUUGCAGAACUAAGAACUGUUGAGAGUGAAGCUGCAUCUUAUCUGGACCAGAUUUCUAGAUAUUAUAUUACAAGAGCCAAAUUGGUUUCUAAAAUAGCUAAAUAUCCCCAUGUGGAGGACUAUCGCCGCACCGUGACAGAGAUUGAUGAGAAAGAAUAUAUCAGCCUUCGGCUCAUCAUAUCAGAGCUAAGGAAUCAAUAUGUCACUCUACAUGACAUGAUCCUGAAAAAUAUCGAGAAGAUCAAACGGCCCCGGAGCAGCAAUGCAGAGACACUGUACUGAGGCCAGGGCCAGGGCCAGGGGACUCUGUGAGUCUGGCUCAAGACCGACAUUGCCUUGGUUUGUUACAUGACUAUCGUGAUGGGGAAACUGGCUGGAAAUAGUAAUCACACCUCUCUCUGUUUUUAGUUAGAGUCUAAUGAAACUCUCAUGUAGUUCUGUGACGUGUUUACCUCUUUUUUCAGGCCUCAGGAACUCUUCUCUUUCCUUCCCUAAUACCCCACACCCGACUUGUCCUAAUUUCUGGAGAAAUCCAGGUUUGUGUCUGCAGGAUGUUGGCACAAGGAUACUUGUGUUUUCUUUCCCUGCCCUCUCCCUCUUGUGUCUUGAGCUUUGUGUUUUCUUCUGUCUGUCGAUUAGCGGAUUAGAAGCUGAGGGAACUGGAAGGAAAGUGCUAGGUGUUUUUUAGGAACUGGGAUGGGGGGAGGUGUCCAGCUCCUCUCCUCUGAUGUAAGGUUAGUGUCUCUUGCCACUGUGUGGGACAUUGGAUCCUCCCUCCCACAGUUUCCCUGAUGAUAACUUAGGGUCUCCCAUCCACGUAUGUUCCACCUUGAACCUGAUCAUGACAAGAAACACCUUAGGCCUCCGCCAAGUCCCUAGCUCCUUGAAAUGUUUUUAUAACUAGGAUUUUCACAUACACAUAUGUGUGUGAUAGACACAUACGUACAGACAUGCACAUGCCUUCCUACUCCGUUACCUGAUUUCCCCAUCCCAUCGUCUGUGUUGUUUUCCUUUGUCCCGCCGUCCCCCCCGAGCCCCCAUCCCAUGAAUUCUGUCACACACACAUUAUUCAGAAGGUGAUCGUCGUCUUGGUCCUCACCCACCGGGGCCCAUUGUUCUGCUGGCAUAUAUAGCCUCUUGGUGCCCAGAGGCUGGUGAUUUGGGAGGAGAGCUGAGAGAUGAGAAGCAGAGGAUUUGGGGAAGGGCCCUUCCUCUCUGACUUGGGUCUUUUUGGGUGUUACUGCAAAGGCUGGUCCUCUGACUCCUGGGUGCCUCUUCCUAGGCCAGUGGUAAGGUGGGGUGGGGCUCUCUGCCGCUGGGAGGGCCGGAUGCUGCUGGCCCUGCUGGGCUUUCUUACGGGACAAAUAGUUCUCUUCUUUAUAGCGUUGUGCUUCCAAGGAAAGCAGCACCUGUGCGUAUGUGUGUGUGCACACAUGCGUGUACGCAUCGUGUGUAUGUGAAAAUCUGGGCAAUCAAAACCAUCGAAGAGUUGCCUCCUAUUCCUCAAAACUGGCAGAAUCUCACUUGUUACAGCUUUUCUGUUAACCCUCAUCAAACCCCCACUUUUUUAUUCUGCCGCUACUGGAGAGUCCGUAUCUGCGGUCAGCCUGCCAGUAACUCUCUUGGGGUCUGUCUCUGACUUUUAUUCUUCCCCUCUCUUCCUCUUGCCUUCUUCGACCCCAAUCACAUUUCCACCCGGCUGCAUCAUUUUUACUCCCAGUAUGCUGUAGAGAAGGAGUCAGGAUGCUGUCUUCCCAUAAAUAGUGCUCAGUAACAAACCAAUUGCAUUUUAGUUGGGCAGUGCCCCUACCCACCCUCCAGAUCCCUUCCAGCUAAAACCCUACCCCCCCCACCAUGUGUUUCUCAGUUUCCCUUUUUGUUUGUUGGAUUAUUCUGCUGCCCCUCCUCACUCUAUCACCCUUGGAUCGUAAUGUAAAAUUCUUUUACCAUGUCAAGAAAUUAUUAAAAAUGCAGGUACUUUGACCUCUUUCUAAAGCUGCAGACCCUGGUGCGAUGCUCUGGUGGCUAGGGACAUACCCACACUCAAGUGCGUGCAUACGGGGACACCCACCUCCACGUACGCCUCCAGCCACCCUAUUGGGUAUUUUUAUUACCAGUUGAGCUGCCUCUUUUCUCUAAAAUAAUGGAAAGACUGAGGCUUCUGCCUACCAAGAGGCAGGGGUGGGUCCUUCUUUUGUGUUCAGUCUGAAUUUAUGUGAAAGUUAGCUCUUCCCAAACCUAAACUCCUUCUGUCUAACCUCCCAGGAUUGCAGUUCCUUGCUCUCUCUCCCCGGUGAUACCCAUGAACUGCCAGUAGAGGCCGCCCUAGUUCCGCGUGUGGGGGAUCACCUGGUUUGAGGCACAGCCUACCCGGUCAUUUUCUUGACCUUAUACUAAUUCUCCCUGCUGAACAGUGUCUUCAUCUCUUGAGGAGAUGCCAGGGAUUCCUGCUUUUGGUUUUCCAGUGACUUGGGAGGGCUGUCUAGGAUCCUAGCUCUCUCUGAAAUAAAGUUUCCUCAACUUCCA